GACGACUGUUAUAAAACGCAUCGGUUUUGUUUCCUCCACGGCAGUCGCCAAAAAGAGGAAAUGGAAAAGGAAAUGGUUUUCACAUCAUACACCAACCUAAUGUGGAUGUGCAAAGAUUUAUUUAAUAAACAAAACAUGGUGCACAAUGCAGAUGCACAGUCCAAUAAUAGUUCAGAUCCACUUUGGCUUAGGAAUGAGCUGAUAGAGGAAUAUUCUGAAAAAUUAGAAUCUACAAAUGGCCCAGUAGUUUAUAAAAAUGAAGAAAUUUUAGAAUAUAAUGCUGACAUGGAGCUGGUGAUUCCAAAGGAAACACCUUGCAUAAUAAUCAUUCUUACGCAUGAUAAACAAUAUAUUUGUAAUGGACUCGGCUGUUAUUAUGGUUGUGGUUGUGUCUUGACUGCCUUACAUGUAGUUAAGGAUCCACAUUUAGGGAUACUCAUUGCUUUUCCUACUAAAGACGUUAAACUGAUCUACACAGCUGAGUUUACUAAAUUUUGUAACCGUGACAAAGCUCGAGAUCUGGCUUUUGUUAAAUUACUAGGCAAUACUAGUCCCCUUGGAGAUGGUUUACAAAAUCAAAUUGUUAAAAUGGAUAAAAAUGACAGUAUAUACUUUUAUACCCGAGAUCCUAAUUGUAAUUUUCAGAAGCAGGUGGGUAAAAUUCUUCACCAAUUUCCAAGCUCGUUUGAAAUGUCUGUAGCAGGUAACCCUGGAGACAGUGGCUCACCUGUUUUUAACGCUAAACAUGAACUGGUUGGCAUAUAUCAAGGAGUCAAAAAGAAAAACGGCGUUGCUUGUAAAACUUUUCCGCGCUUAACACCCUGGACCCAAACAAAUGAUCGUAGUCUUACAGAGUUACUCAGAGAUAAAUUCAAGUUAGUUCCAAGCUUUUUUGGUAACCUGCUGAGGAACUCCUGUAACAACUGACCUGUGAUUUCUCAAAUGUCUAAAAAAAAUAAUAAAAUAAAAAAAUAAAAAGCAAUCGUUAAAAAUUUGCUCGUGCAUAACAGCAAAGAAAAUCUUUAUUUUCCUUCUUUUCUAUCAUGACGUUUGUCUUUCCCUUUCUAUGUUACUGUAUGUAGCCCAGCCUGAGCAUCUUUUGUGUGUGUGUGUGUGUGUGUUUUGUUUUUACUUGCCGUCAGACUAAAAAAGCAGUCUUUGAAAGCUCGCCUCCAACACGAGUCCCCUGAGUUUCACCUGCUGUCAGCAAACAUUUACUACACUUGUGCCAACAACUGAGAGAUCAACUCACAUGGAAAGUGGAAAUGGACACUCAGCCAAACCCCACACCUGGUGCAGAUCUGACCUGGUCCAGUCUUAACGACGCAAGAGCAGCUUUACAUUUACAUUUAUAUUCACAUAAUUUGGCAGACGCCCUUCUCCAGAGCGACGUACGUAAGUGCUUAAGUCUCUAUCAUUGGAUACAUUAACUCUCGUUCACUAGGUUACAUACUGAAGAUACCAACAUCAGCAUCAGCAUCAGUCUCUUUUACAUCUGCAGCAACAACAGCAGGGAAUCCAUGCUGAAAAGAGCAGUAAACUGCCAAAAAGUAAACGGCAUCUAAAGCUUGCUGGCAUGAGCAGCUCUCUAAAAUCUUAAAAUAUUUGUGUCUGGUUUACAUGUGGCUUGCACUGGCUCACGUGUCAUACGGAGAAAUCUCAGGCUUGGCUCACAAAUUCAGAAAGGGACAGAACACCUUGUUAGAAAAAAGGUCUUUUA